GAAAAAAUAAUCCAUCUAAAAGGAUAGUUCAAACCAUUUUAAAGGAUAGUUCAAAUGGAAAAAAGAAAAGAAGGAAUUGAGGUGUUUGAAGAUGAGCUAAGAAAUUCAUUAACCACAGCAGGAGAUUAUGAAACCUGUCAACGAUGUGAGCGCAUGAUGUCUGAGAUGAGAAAAUCUGCCAUAAGAUGGCUGUAUAUGGAAUGGUACAAAAAAUCGGUGUUGGGGCUGUCAUUGCCAAAUAUAACUCAAUUAACUCCAUCACUGAUACAAGUUCUCAAUAAAAAUCAAUCAAGCAGCGAAUGCGACUCUUGUCAUACGAAAUUCAGUGAACUUAUUGAAAAUACUUUAAAACCAUUAUCAGUUUUAUCUGGGAUGAAAGGCGAACCAACACAGGCUAAUGACUUGAUCCAUGACAACAAGUGUAGCUCAAGUAAGAGGCCAAUAGAACGAAGAUCCGUAUCUCCAUCUGGCUCUUUUUUUGUAAGAGCUGCUCAAAAGCUAAACUUAACAAAAACGCAAGGCGUUCAAAAAGAUAAAAGUCUGUCAAAAGAUAAAACCGAUACCUUGAAUAAGACAAAAAAUUUCUCAACUAAUUUCAGUGGUUUAUUGCAACGAAACCCACCUCAACCUCCACCAAAUUUGUUUCAAUACGGAACAUUUCGACUAGGAGAUGGCCAUGGAAAAGUGAAGGUUGUUCUUCGGCUUGUAAGCUGUAAAAAUCAAGAAGAUGGAAUUAUUAGGGCAGAAGCUAAACAAGUUUUUUUGAGAGAGCCUUCUCACAAUCAUGCUGCAAAUUUUAAUUUGGCUCCAAAAAUAUUUUCCUUUGAUCAAAUAUUUAGCAGCUCUUCCCCACAAAAAGAUAUUUGUGCAAAUGUAUUAACAGAAUUACUUACUAAUGUUGUAAAUGGUAAUGAUGCUUGCUUGUUAACCUAUGGUUAUCCAAAAUUGGGGAAAAGUAGACUUAUGAUAGGUCGAGAUGAGUCUUCUGAUAACAUUGGCUUAAUACCUUGUGCCAUUUCAUGGUUGUAUCAAUUAAUUGAAGAUAGAAAACAAAGAACAGGUGCCAGAUUUUCUAUUUGCGUGUCUGCUGUUGAAGUUGUUGGAAAAUCAGAAAAUAUCAAUGAUCUACUUUUUAAAGAAAGUUAUGAUAACUUAAAAAAUACUGUUCAACCAAGGUUAAAUUUACCUAAUGAUCGUGUCUCUGCUAUUCAGCUAUCUGACUUUACAGAGCUUCGUGCUCCAAAUGCACAGCGAGCUGCUUAUUACUUUGAUGCUGCCCUUGCCUCACGAUCUAAGCCUAAGAUUUCUAUUGGCGAUAACCCAGACCUUUUUAUCAAUGACAUUGAGGAAAAUAAAAAUCCAAAUCUAAUAUUUACCUUGCAUGUGUAUCAAUAUACUGUUGAUAAAGUUGGAACUGGAGAAAUUCACGGCGGAAGGUCGCAUCUGCAUUUUAUUGACUUGUCUGGUUGUAGUAGAAACAGCCGUAGUCGAGAUACAGGUCAAGGUUCUUGGUUAACACUAUCAGCACUUAGCAAUGUAGUUACAUCACUUGCAAAUGGUGCAAAGCAUAUUCCUCAUAGAAAUAGUAAGUUAACAAUACUUCUUAGGGAAGCCAUGGGUUCUAUUUCAACAAGAAUUACAAUUAUAAGCCAUGUUUCUGAGGAUAAAAAAAAAUAUUCAGAAACAUUAUCUACAUUACAAGUAACUUCCCGUAUUCAUCGAACUCGUAAUAAGAAAAGCAAGUACUCAAGCUCAUCUGGUGGAGAUAGUUCUUGUGAAGAAAGAAAAAAGUAUCACAGACGAUUUAAACCAGUAACCCCUUUACUGAUAACUGAAGCCUGCCAAUCUGAUACCAUAGGAGAGUCAGAAUUUACUUCAACAAGUGCUGCAGAUGAAUCAUGUGACACUGUAAUUUACUUAGGGCCUUCAGGAGGAUGUGUUAGUGAUGGGGAGCUUACAGAUCUUGAACAUCCCCCUAUUGAAAAGGAAAAUUUAAAAAAAGGUAAAGGAACAGAUAAUAAAAACUUAAACAAAUUAAAACCAUUUUACAGAAACAAUCGAUUUUAUAAAUCUGCUCCUUUGAAGUCAUCUACAAAUUUAAAAAAUAGUUUUUCUGAAAAACCAAUAAUAGUAAAUGUCGACCUACUUAGUUCUCAAUGUUCAACAACAAAAGAAGAAAGUUCACAAAACUUACCCAUAAAAAAAUCUAACAAAAACCAACAGCAAAAAAAAUUAUCGUCUGAUGCAAAAGCUCUUGAUGAUUCUUUACUUUCUUGUUCAAAGUUUUUACAAACAGACAAUGUUGAAAAAUUCAGUUUAGCAAAUAGAAACUGUCUUAGUGAAAAUAACUCUCCCAUGAAAAUAGCUCCAGUUAAUAACACUGAAACAAUUACAUCUAUAACUUUAAAUAAUAAAUUUAUCCCUCACUCUAGUACAGCCACUUUAGAAAACUUUGAAAGACAAUUGGUUACAAAGAUAGCAGAGAGGAUCGCUCUUGAAAAAGAGUUUGACUCCACAAACGACCAUGAUUACAAAAUCGAAGUGGACGAAAAUAAUGAGAGUCAUACAUUUUUUAUUGACGACGGUCUAGAAAGUAUUGGGACGAGACUAAAUACAAGUUCAUGUUACAGUGACCUGAAUUAUGAUGAAGAUUUUGCACAGUCUGAUAGAAUAUUUGAGAAAUGUCAUAAACGCAAUGAGUGCGAUAAUUGGGAUACUAUUGUACAAUAUAAUAGUGAAAAUGAUACUGACGAACAAACUAACAUGAAAUUAAGAUCACAUGGUUUUUGCUUUAACAUGAAUGUUAAUAAAGAUUUUUCAAAUAGAGUUCCAUCAAAAGGUCAUUUAUGCGAAGGAUUAAGCAGUGGUUACGAAAGUAUGAGAUGUGAAAGCUAUGUGAACAUUCACGACAAUAAAGAAACUUAUUAUAACAAGAGUGAAAGAAAACAAGAAGUAAAUCCGGUGAAGUGCUGCGAACAAGUUCAAAUGCUCUUGAAGGAAAGGGAUAAACUUAAUAAGGAAUUGCAAUUAACUUUAAACAAACUUGUUAAGAUUGAUAUUUCGGUUGACGGCAAAGUUGACGAAUACAUGCAAGAUUAUAAAGCUAGUGAAGCAGCUGAUAUUUUAACUAAAGAAAAUCGAAUUUUGGAAAAAAAAGUUUUAUUGUGCAAAUCUCACCUUCUCUUAGUCUCGUCAUGUGAUCUAACAAACAAGCCAAAAAAACAUUUCAUUAAAAGCCCAUUUAAAAAAAUAACAAAAAAGAUCCGGUCGAAAUUAAAGAUAAAUUAGUCACCAAAAUAAAGAUUUUCAUAAUCGCUCUAACAACAGCUAAAUUACUCAAAUUUUAAAAAUGUGGAUUUUUUUGAAAGUCGACUUUUUUGGUUGAGAGUCGUGUUGGCUUCGAUAUGUAAACUAAUUAUUUUGAAUCAAAUUAAUACUUUUAUAAACUUUUAAAUAUGAAGUAUAUUUGUAAAUCUUUUUCUAUGAUUUUGGUAAAUUUUUUUAUCAAGAAAAAAAUAAUAUAUUUAUGUUUUGGUUUAUAAUGUAAAAAACAUGUUUCAUACUAAGUACUGAGAAAUGUAGUUGUUAA